GCAAUAAGUUAUAAUGAGAAAAAUAUAUUUGUCUUACUCUAACCUGUUGCACCAGUGCAGACUGCAGCGAAAAAGAACAAGCCAUUGGUCUCGAGUCGGGGGUUUGUGCGAGUCUCGCUCUCUCGCCUCGAAAGAUCGAGACGUUUCUCGACACGUCGCUGGUAUAAGUAUAUACCGGUGCACCGAAUAAGCUCAAUACGCUACUAGCAAACAGAGUUGACGAAACAUCCAGAAGUAUUCACUAUUCAGACAUCGGUCGAUCAGUAGAGAGCUGCGAAACUUGAGCUGAUAAACUUAUUGUAACGAUUAUUCCAUACGUAACAUCAACUACGAUCGAAUCGUAUUUUAUUCGGAACGUGGCAAAUCACUGUCAACGAAAGAAAUCCUGCGAAAUGGCCCUGUCACCAUUCGUAUUCUACGACUGGGAGAAUAUGCUGUGUCAUCCUAUCUUGAAUCCGACCCUCGGCCUGGAACUUCGACAACCGAAACGAAUGUCAUUGCCGGCUGAAACCAUCGGUAGCUGUCUGAGGCCGCAACGGAAUUACGACCUGGAUCAGCUCAGGAACAUGUUGGAUCUGGCGACUCGACAUUGCCAAAGGUCGAGUGCACUUUCCAUCAACGAAAACGACUUCCAGGUGAUGCUAGACGUACAGCAGUUUGAACCGGAGGAGAUCGAAGUGAAGGUAGUGGACAAUUACCUCAUCAUCACGGCGAAACAUGGAGACAAACGAGACGAUCACGGCUGGGUAUCCCGACAAUUCGUCCGCCGGUAUCAGCUGCCGGAAGACAUCAGUGUCGAACAUUUGUCAUCCAAAUUGUCCUCCGAUGGUCUUCUGACAAUCGUUGCGCCCAAAAUACAGUCGUUAAAGGAUGAAACAAACAGAGCGCUUCCCAUUGAGUUCACUGGAAAGCCCUUCAUGAAAGAGAAGCAGAAAAAAUCGAAGAUGCUCCAGCAAAGUGAGGAGGAAAAAAAGCUGGAGAAAUAGAUUCUUCCAAGUAUUAAUUAUGCAUAUUAUAAAUAAUUGUAUUCCGAUUGAUAAGUACACAUGACAGAUAUUUUAGAUAUGAUAGGUUUAUUAGACAUAUAGACUUAAUGAAUUUAUUUUAUAUAUUUAUCUGUAAUAUAAUCGUUAUAAAAUUGUUUUUUACAAGCAUAUUCCUAAAUAUCUUUGUAAUGUUAUGCAUUUAUUUAAAAAUGUCUAUAUUUAAUAAUUCUAACAGAUUGUUAAAGUGAUAAUAUUUACUCACUUAAAUCAACUAAUUAUUACCGUGCAUGAAUUAAAAAACAGAAUUUCUAACUUCGUAAAUUAGAACUCUAUUUUUUAUUUUAUUUAUUAUAAAAUUGUAUCCUGAAUUUUCAUAAUAAGAUAUAGAAUAAACAAGAACUAGGAUUUAUAUAUAUUUAAAUAAAGUUACUAAUUAGAUGAAAAGAGCUAUGCAAUUUUUAUUUUUAUUUGAAAUGUAGAAAAUAUAUUAUUGUAAAAUUGAUGUACUAAGAUUGUGUGAUUAUUCAUUAAAUAUGAGAUUAUUUUUUUUAA